UGUGGCUGGAUUUUUGGUGGCUGGUUUUAGGUUGGGGCUGUCCUGCAUCUAAGGCAGGAAGAUGGUGGCCACAAAGAAGACAAAAAAGUCACUGGAGUUGAUCAACUCCAGGCUCCAGCUUGUUAUGAAAAGUGGAAAGUACCUGCUGGGGUACAAGCAGACUCUGAAAAUGAUCACACAUGGCAAAGCGAAACUGGUCAUCCUCGCCAACAACUGCCCAGCCUUGAGGAAAUCUGAAAUAGAAUACUAUGCCAUAUUGGCCAAAACUGGUGUCCAUCACUACAGUGGCAAUAAUAUUGAAUUGGGCACAGCAUGUGGGAAAUACUACAGAGUAUGCACACUGGCUAUCAUUGAUCCAGGUGAUUCUGAUAUCAUUCGAAGCAUGCCAGAACAGACUGGUGAAAAAUAAAUCACGCAAAAUUUUUCUUUAAUAAAACUGGCCACAGCUUGUUUAAAAAAAAAAAAAAACAAAAACUGUGGCUGAAAUAGUUUUCCAGAUAAGUGGGUCCUUUUCUUAGGUAGGCCCCCUUACAAUUCAGGCGCUGCUUGUGAAGGUCUUGUUCCUAGGAUUUACUGGUGUGGUUGUUCUUCCUUCAGCAAGUAGCAGUAAAGAUAGAAAUCUAGUAAGGGACCAAGAGAGGUGGGGGGAGAGAGAGAGAGAGAGAGAGAGAGAGAGAGAGGGAGAGAGAGGGAGAGAGAGGGAGAGAGUGUGUGUGUGUGUGUGUGUGUGUGUGUGUGUGUAGGAGUGAGAAGUUCUAGUAACUGGAAUUGUUACCGAACAUUUUUUCCUUCCCUCUUGUGUGCCUAGUGUUGAUUUUUCAGUUACUCUAAAUCACAAGGGCUCUUAGUUUAUUUGACCUAUGUUCUGUCUGGAUAGCUUCUUUAAAAAUAAUUGCUGUUCCAUUUUGUUGGAUUUGAUUAUAUCAGUGUGCCUAAGUUUAAUGUUUUAAUGACUCCCUUUUGUAAAUUGAAUGUGUGGGCAAGCCGGUCUGUGAAAGGCCUGAAUCCUGUAUGUGAUGAUAAUUACUCCUUUUUUGAGGGCAGUAGCUUUGACCUAAAAUUCUUUCCACUUUGAGUAUAUAUGUUAGGGAUCUAAAUAUACAGAAAGCUUAAAAGAAGCAGUUAAAUGUGCCAUAAAGCCACUUGAUUAUAUGUUUUUAGAAUUGGAAGUGACAGUGGGUAAUGACACUAAUGAAAAUGAGCGUAUACUGAUGAAAAAUGUAUAUGUAGGUAAAAAUUUAGUCACUUCAGUGGAGAGUCUCUGCAGGUUAUAGAAAUAGGAGUAAUUCUCUUUAUACAGAAAAAAGAUAUAGUACUUUAUAAAACAAAAUCAGUUUUUUAUGAAUUAAAGGUCCCUGAGUAGUACAAUAAGAAUCCUUUUACCAUGUCCAGAUAACCACCACCCCACCUUUCUUUCCUGGAGAGAAAGUUAGAAAAGUUAUCUCUUUAAAAAAAAAUUUUUUAAGAUUGCCAUCAAAAACUAAUGAUGUAAUGUAUGGUGAUUAACAUAACAAUAAAAAAUAAAAAUAAAAAUUUUUUUAAGAUUGCCUUAUUGGAAUAAUUAGAAUAGUAAAUAAGGGAAUUUGUAACAAAUACUAAUUUAUUAGUAUGUCUGAUUUUAGGUGAAGAUUCAGUUGAACUCUUGCCAAUUUGAUGGGCUGGACAAGUUUCUUCUUCAAUAAUUUCAUGAACAUUCAAAAAUCUGUAACUUCCUGUUGUCAUUUCCAGGAAAUACAUGAAAUCUUUCCUUAUUGCUGUUAGAAUGUUCUGUGCUUGAAGAGGGCAUAGGUGAUACACCUGACAAUGGGAAGAGAAGAUGUUUUGGGAAUGCCAUCUGCCAGAAUUGUGGGCAACAGGAAUGAAGAGUCAGAAAACAUCUUUCCUGAUGUUUUUUAUUUUCCAUAUACUCUUAAGGCAAGGAAAUAGCUUUUUUGUUAAACUGAAUGAUUAAGGGCAUGUGAACUUUUUCUUCACCUCUCAGAAGCCCUUGACCGCUAUAGAAUAGGUUUGGUAGGAAAAUGAAUAAAUUAUUUUCCUGGUGAAUUUGAUGUUUUGGGAGUAAAGUGGGCUCAGAAUCAUUGCCUCCUGCUGCAAAAUAUUAGAGAGAAAUAAGACAGCUAAGUUGUGUUGCAUCAGAAUAGAAGAAUUGGAAUUUAUUUCAAUAUGUCAGAGGCCCCUGGAUUUAAUGUAAUUAGUGGCCUUGGCCUCCUCUUUGCAUUCAAUAAGGAAUAUGUAAGCUUAUAACAAAUUUGAACAGAGGCAAUUGUACUUUUGAGAUUUGUCUGCUAUGUUCCAGCUUGUCACUGAGGAAAUGGCUUCGUUGAGAUUCUAAAGUGUCACUGAAAAGAAUUUGAGACCUUGGUAUCUUGUAUCCUGUGUAAUAAGUGUGGCCAGCCCCAUUUGGGGGCAAAUACUGGCCUUCAUGUUCUUAGACUAAAUUGUUUUCAACUAAAAAUGAAAUAAAUCUGUUGCAUCUGAAUGUAAUACCUGUCAUUGAGAAAACAGUGAUUGUUGGAUUUCAUGGUUGUCAGUUCUAAGAGCAUUCAGUACUGUGGUUGUCUUUGGAAAUUUGAGAACCAUUUAUCUUUGAACAUGGGUUUCUAAAAAUUGAAUUUUACUGCCUAUGAAAAGUAUUGUUGGUCUAGGAUUUGAAAGACCUGAAUUCUAAUUCCACUCUAAUUACUCACUAACCAGGAACAUUGUGCAAAUCAGUUCAUCAGCCUGGGCCAGCAUCCUUAGGGGUUCAAGAGAAAUCUUAUAUGAAAAAAACAAAAACAAAAAACAGCUUACUUUAUAUAUAUAGAUAGAUAUAGAUAAAUCUUACAUGAAUUUUUGUUGAUUAUUGUAACUAUCUAGUUAGGUAGAGCUCACAGAUCUACUAGGCACUACAAUAUGAAUAGGGUCUUAGAAUUUUCUCAUGUGUUGGCAUCUCAUGUUUCUUUCAACCCUUUGCUUUUGUCCUCUACUAAUUUAUACUUUUU